CCGGCUGAGCGCCCGUGUCAGUGAGGGGAAUAGGGAGCGCUUGCUCCGCUGCCGCCAUGGGGAAGUCAUUCGCCAAUUUCAUGUGCAAGAAGGAUUUUCACCCCGCCUCCAAGUCCAACAUCAAAAAGGUAUGGAUGGCAGAACAGAAAAUAUCAUAUGACAAGAAGAAACAAGAAGAAUUAAUGCAACAGUAUCUGAAAGAACAGGAGUCCUAUGAUAAUAGGCUGCUUAUGGGUGAUGAGCGUGUGAAGAAUGGUCUUAAUUUCAUGUACGAGGCCCCACCUGGAGCAAAGAAAGAGGAAACUAAAGAGCAAGAAGGAGAGACUGAGUACAAAUUUGAAUGGCAAAAAGUCGCCCCUCGAGAAAAAUAUGCUAAGGAUGAUAUGAAUAUCAGAGAUCAGCCAUUUGGUAUCCAGGUGCGGAAUGUGAGAUGUAUUAAGUGCCACAAGUGGGGUCACGUAAACACUGACCGAGAGUGCCCAUUGUUUGGCCUCUCUGGCAUUAAUGCGAGUUCCGUGUCCAGCGAUGGUUCAGGGCCAUCAAUGCACCCCUCGGAGCUAAUAGCGGAGAUGAGAAACAGUGGGUUUGCACUGAAACAAAAUGUACUGGGGAGAAACUUGACCGCAAAUGAUCCAUCACAGGAAUUUGUUGCAAGUGAAGGAGAUGAUGAUCCAGAGGUUGAAUUUUUAAAAUCACUGUCAACCAAACAGAAACAGAAACUUCUAAGGAAGUUGGAUCGUCUGGAGAAGAAAAAGAAAAAGAAGGACAGAAAGAAGAAAAAGCAGCAAAAGAAAAAAAGCAAAAGUAAACACAAGAAACGUAAGGUGAGAUCCUCUUCCUCAUCCUCCAGUGAGACUUCAGUAAGCAGCAGUGAUAGCGAGACUGACAGCAGAGAUAAAGCAGCACAAAAGAAGACGUAUUCUAAGAAAAGAAAAAAAGACAAGUUUUCAGAGGCUAGCAGCAGCAGCAGUGAUUCAGAAGGAAAGGCAAAGACGAGGAAGGAAAAACUUCAUGAAGAGCUUUCCAGUAGUCACGGCAACAAGGACAAAGAUAGGGAGAAGUACAGGCUUUUAAAGCAAGAUAGUUCUGUGGAGAACAGCAAAUGGAGCUCCUGUGAGGAGGAAAGAAAGUCCAAAAGCAGAUGCCAUAGCACCAACAAGAGAGAUACUGAAAGAAAGGCAAGGGAUUGUAGAAGCCAAAGCCUGGAUGAAGGAAGCAGGAGAAGCCCUUGCAUAAGUCACAGCAGUUCCAGGCAAAGGCAAGUAAGAAAAAGUCCAAGCCAAAGCCCUAGUGAAGAGCGGCACAGGAAAACUGAAACCAGCACAGAUCUGCACAGGGAGAGGAAAAAAUGCAGAGAGCGCUGUGGGGACAAGUGCAGUAAAGUGGAACCCAGAGAAAGGAGCAGGCGCAGUAGAAGUAGAAGCAGAAGCAGAGAGAGGAAAAAAAACAGGUAGUAUAGGGGACAGGUGCAAACAAGAAUGUCUCAGUUUUUUGGUGAAUACCUUUAACAAGGGCUCAAUUGCAUAUUGCUGUUCAUUUUCCAACCUCUGUAACUAGCAUUUCCUACAUAAAGCCAACAGAAGCAUUUCUGUGAUGUUGGAAUAUUUGUAAAUUAGGUAUAAACAUUAUGGUAUUUUUCAUACUGUAUAAAUAGACUUGUUGGCAAAUACCUCUUGUAUACAUGCUGUAAUUUGUAGACCUCAGUUUUAGGGGUUUAAAAUAUUUCAGAGCAGUAUGUGCUAUUCUUGUUUCUUUUCAGUGAUGAUUUGGGAAGAGUUGUGGGCUAUGCUAAAUGCUAGCAAAUGUUUGAGAUGGCUCUGGGUAAUAUCACCACUUCAGUUAUCAAAACAUUGUAUUGUGGAAGGUUUGGGGUUUUUUUCAUACUGAAGCAUUUUUUCCUAAAGUUCACUGUAAGAGAUCAAUUUCAUGAGUUAAAACAACAGAGACACAUAGUUCACAUAAGUGUGUAGCCAACAUUUUUUGACCUCCUGCAGUGUACAACUUGGUCAGGGCUAUCUAAACAUCUUGAACCCCUGUUGGUAUGUGUCAGUACAAUGUCAAGUUAUUGUUCAAUAAUCUCUCAAGACAUGAAAAGAAUAUUUACUGCCUCAGCUGUUUCAUGUAUUUCAUUGUUUGUGCUAGAAUGUUAAUGUAAAUAGUCACCUUUUUGUUUUCAUGAAACACUUUUUUGUUUUUUAAUGAUUGUCAGUCAUUUUGU